GAGCAGUGACAGGGCGAAGAUCGCGCGCCGGCUGUUUAGGUCCAAACUCCAGCCCGCCAACUGGCAGCGAGAAAUUGAGAGAAACAUGGCUCCGCCGUACGUUUGCUUCCUGGCCCUGGCAGCUGUGCUGCUGCUAGGUAUCGCCACCGUCUCCAGAUCGAAGGGCCUGCGGAGCAAGGAGCAUCAGAGGGCGCCGCGAAUCCCUUCUCAGUUCAGCCAAGUGGAGCGCGUCGCAAUGAAGGAGGCUCUGAAAGGUGCCAUCCAGAUUCCAACAGUGUCUUUCAGCCCCGAGGAGCUCAACACGACAGCCCUGGCUGAAUUUGGAGAAUACAUUCAUAAAGUCUUUCCUACUGUGUUCAAAACCAGCUUUAUCCGGCAUGAAGCUGUGGGAGAGUACAGCCACCUGUUCACUGUCCAAGGCUCGGACCCCAGCCUGCAGCCCUACAUGCUCCUCGCUCACAUUGAUGUGGUGCCUGCCCCUGACGAAGGCUGGGACGUGCCCCCGUUCUCUGGAUUGGAGAGUGAUGGCUUCAUCUAUGGUCGAGGCACACUGGACAAUAAGAACUCUCUUAUGGCAAUCCUGCAGGCCUUGGAGCUUCUGCUGAUCAGAAACUACGUCCCCCGAAGAUCUUUCUUCAUUGCUCUGGGCCAUGAUGAGGAGGUAUCAGGGGUAAAUGGGGCUCGGAAGAUCUCAGCCCUGCUACAGGCAAGGGGCAUCCAGCUAGCCUUCAUUGUGGAUGAGGGGAGCUCCAUCUUGGAUGGUUUCAUUCCCAACCUCCAGAAGCCCUUUGCCAUGGUUUCAGUCUCCGAGAAGGGUGCAAUUAACCUCAUGCUGCAAGUAAACAUGACUCCAGGCCAUUCUUCAGCUCCUCCAAAGGAAACAAGCAUUGGCAUCCUGGCAGCUGCUGUCAGCCGACUGGAGCAGACACCAAUGCCGAACAUGUUUGGAUGUGGGCCAUUGAAGAUGGCAUUGCAGCAGCUGGCAAAUGAGUUUCCCUUCCCUACCAACAUAGUCCUGAGCAACCUGUGGCUAUUUCAGCCCCUUGUAAGCAGGUUGAUGGAGAGGAAUUACAUAACCAAUGCGCUGGUCAGGACCACCACGGCAAUCACCAUGUUCAAUGCAGGUGUCAAGGUGAAUGUCAUCCCCCCUGUGGCCCAGGCCACCGUCAACUUCCGAAUUCACCCUGCACAGACAGUCCAGGAGGUCCUAAAACUAGCCAAGGACAUUGUGGCUGACGACCGGAUCCAGUUCCACGUGUUGAAUGCCUUUGACCCCCUGCCUGUCAGCCCCUCUGAUGAUCAGGCCUUGGGCUACCAGCUGCUCCGCCAGACCAUACAGUCUGUCUUCCCGGAAGUCAACAUUGUUGCCCCAGGUACUUGUAUUGGCAACACAGACAGCAGACACUAUACGAACCUUACCACUGGCAUCUACCGGUUCAACCCCAUCUACCUGCAGCCUCAGAGCUUCAGCAGCAUCCACGGAAUCAAUGAGAAAAUCUCAGUCCUAGCCUAUGAGACCCAGGUGAAAUUCAUCUUCGAGUUCAUCCAGAACGCUGACGAAGACCCCAGGCCAGUUCCUCACCUGCACGAACUGUGAGACAAGGACCUUCCAUGCCUUCCUGGGGCUUGAUGGCAGUGGGCUCCUUUUCCCUGCUCACAAUCCCCGGCCCCUCCUGCCUGCCUGUGGAUGUGAGCUGUUUUUAGGAGCUGGGGCCUAAUGGAAAGUGUUAGAAACACAGUGCAGGAAUUAUCUGAGGUUUUCUGCUACUCCCCCUAAGAUUCACAUUCCUUCCCUCGCCCUCCCUUUUUUGGCCAAUUCAGUACUUAUUCAGCCUUUGUUAGAGGGUGAGCUGAAGAACAAAAAGGAUUCUUCACAUUUGUGCAGAGCUGUACAAAGUGCUUUCACACACCUUAUCUCAUCGGAGCCACAUAAGAACCCCCUUGAAGAAGGUGUCAUUUUUCUUACAGAGGAGGAGUUGGUUCUCAGAGAAGUUACGCAUCUAGCUGGAGGCAGAUUCAAACCCAUGUCAAGCUCAUUGUUAUUCCAUGAUCCUAUGUGACUGAUGAAAUCUACUUCCCAUUGAUUAUCUUAUUUAAUACUGACAAUCACCCCAAAGGUGUUAUUGCCCCUGUUUUUAACAGAUGAGGCAACUGAGGCUCAGAGGUUAAGUAAUUUGUCAUGCAGGUGUUAGGGUCAGAGUCUAUCUGCAUCCAAAGCCUGUGCUAAUAGUACUGAAGAGGAAACUGAGGCUCAGAGAAGUCAUUUGCCCAGAUUACACAGUUCUUAAGGGGCAGCCUUAGAAUUCAAAUGCAGCUCAAAAAUCCCCAAGUCCAGUGCUUUUUCAGUCACACCACACUGCCUGCCCCAAGAACCUGUGGUGUCUGGCUCAUUCAUUCUGACCCAGGGAGAUCUCAAGGACAAAGGCUGUUCUACUGUUGGAUUUGGUUCUUAGCUCAAGCUCUCUGUUCCCCUGGCUGACCUCUCCCUAGUCACACCUCUCCGUCCAUCUGCCAGCAUUCCUUACACACCCACCCCCUGCUUCUGGGUUCAGCUCUUCCCCCUUCUUGAGUUUGGGGACAGCCAGGUCUCUAAUGAUCUGUGGGAUAACUGGGAGAAGAGUGAGCAGGGAACCCUGUCCCUGUCUGGUCUCACCACUCUCUUCGAGCAUCAGAAACAAUACUCUUCUGAGCCCCCGGAGUGGGAAGGAAGCCCUUGAGAGGGAGCUGCUCCAAAUCCUGGCUCUGAGAACACAGAAAUUCCAGCCCUGUGUCCCCUGAAGUUUUCGGGAAAGAGCAGCUGAAAGUGCUGGCCAGAACAACGUGAGCCCUAAGAUUCUGGGCAGAAUGGGACAAUGAAUCUGGGACUUUCCUCCACCCCUACCUUCAUCCAUCCUGCCACUCCCCAAAUCCACCUUGAAAGAGCUCCAGCAGAUCAUCACAAGUACACCGCACACCCCCAUCAAGGACUUAGCUCAAGCUUCUCACUCAUACCUCCCUAAGGUUGGAAGGAAGACAAAAUAUUCAUAAGCAAAGAGAGUAGGAACGGAAAGGAGUAAAUUUUGGCUGAAGUCCCUUGAUUUUGAACCUGAGUCGCUGAAAACUAGGCCAUUCUAGACCCAGUAUUCUUUUCUUCCAGAGGAAAUAAGAGAGACAAAGUUCCUAAGGAAGAGUUGGACACUUCAUUAAUUUUUUCAAAUUUUAAACCUAAUUAAAUAUUUUAAUAACAAUGAAACUAUUUGCACUUUUUGUGUUCAGUGUCCAUGAGGCUAUCAAUAAAAAGGAUAAGUAUCAUUUCAUAUAUGUGACAGCUAGACCUACAAAUGUAAG